GUGACGCUAUUCUGUGUAACGGCCACAAACAGGAAGAAAACAGACAGUUCUUCCAAAGCAGAGGGAGGUUGGGCUAGCUUAGCAGCCUGUUUUACACUGGUACAGUAAUGAAACGGCCUUGAGAGGCAGGAAUAAACUGGUGUUUUAUCAUGCAGUAUCCGGAGUAGUGACUGUAUCCACCGAUACUCAGAAAAUAUAAUUCUCCUCGACUUUCCUCCGGUCCGAGUGUUUAAACAAGGUGUGAAUGAGUGACGUGGUGCCUCCCACAGCUCUCAGUGAAGUCCAGCUCCGCUUCCUCUGCCACGAUGACAUAGAGAAUGUCAAGCUGCUCUGUGGUGAUUGGUUCCCAAUCGAAUACCCAGACUCAUGGUAUCAGGACAUCACCUCCAACAAGAAGUUCUUCUCCCUCGCUGCCACCUUCAGAGGAGGCAUCGUGGGAAUGAUUGUGGCUGAGAUCAAAGGCCGGACCAAAGUACACAAAGAGGGUCCUACUGACUAUAUCCAGCACAUUGGUUCCACCCUGGCCAGCCUGAGCCCCUGCUCCAUCCCACAGAGAUUGUACCGACAGGCUCAGUCCCUGCUGCGCUCUCUGCUGCCCUGGUCCAACAUCGCCUCCAAGACUGGCAUACAGUACAGCAGAACAAUGUGACAUAACAUGGAGCACAAGUGUUCAGUUUUUCAUCAGUCUUCCCCUG